AUUCAACAUAACAGCACUUCUUUGUCGUACAUAGACGCGGGUACUCGGGUAGUACCUGCUCCGUCGAAUAUAUAAGUCACGCGAAGGAGUGGAGGAAGGGAAAGAAACAAUGCAACAGCAGACCAUCAUUAACUAUUCGUGGUCAAAAUAGACCCAUCGGUUGGGUUCUUCAGUAUGCAGCGCGCACUGAGACGGUACUGAAGGCGAAAGGUUGAUGACCUCGGGUUAGUGUCGUACCAACGAGGAGGUAUAGGUCGUACUUAGACGGUCGGUUCGGUGGUUUCGCCGCAGGUACUAACGUUAUUGUGAGGAGCUUAACUAUGAACUUGAAUACACUGUUCAAUUACGUGCUGGGCAGUACGAAUUGGAUAUUUCUGGGAUGAUUCAUCACGAAGAAAUUUCACGUGGAGUUAACAUCUCAUGAUAGAUAACCGUCAAGAUGCUGCAAUGUUUCGGCAACAACGUGUAUUCCGUACGCUGUAAAAUAGUCUUUCUGGAUGAAACGGAGCUGUUCCACGAGAUCCAAAAUGACAGCAGAGGCCAAGCGUUGCUGGACAUCGUAUUUCGACACCUCAACUUGCUGGAAACGGCAUAUUUUGGGCUCCGAUACCUGGACGAACAUGGACAAACCCAUUGGUUGGACCCAACUAAACAACUGAACAGGCAAAUGAAAGGCGCUGAACCCUACACUAUGUACUUCGGAGUAAAGUUCUAUGCUGCAGAUCCUUGCAAACUAUUGGAGGAAAUCACUAGAUAUCAGUUUUUCCUCCAAAUUAAACAGGAUAUACUGCAAGGAAGGCUUCUUGUCCCGUUCGACCUAGCUGCAGAGCUAGGUGCUUAUAUUUUGCAAUCAGAACUUGGUGAUUACGAUCCAAGGAGGCACAGUCCCGGAUACGUUUCGGAGUUCCGACUAUUUCCAGAACAAAGUAUUGAGCUAGAGAUGAGAAUGGAGGAGCUGCACCAUACACUAAUUGGACUUCAUCCAUCUCAAGCUGAAAUGAAAUAUCUGGACAAAGUGAAAUGGUUGGAGAACUACGGCAUUGACUUACAUCCAGUAUUAGGUGAAGAUCAUACAGAAUACUUCUUAGGGCUAACUCCCAGUGGUAUAAUUGUUUUGAAGAACAAGAAUAUAGUCGGGAAUUACUAUUGGCCGAGGAUAACUAAGAUAUACUUCAAAGCAAGGUUUUUCAUGUUAAGAGUUACUGAUAAAAACAACGAUGAGUGCACAUACGGCUUUGAGACUCCUUCAAAGUCUGCUUGUAAGCACUUGUGGAAGUGUUGUGUGGAACACCACGCCUUCUUUCGACUAGUUCAAGUUACACCGGCGUCUCCAGAUAUUUUCGCGUUAGGUUCGAGGUUUCGAUAUAGCGGAAGGACUGAAAAACAAGCACUGAGAGAUGCUGAAAUGAAACUGAGACAACCUCCUGCGUUUUCUCGGAAACCUUCAAAAAGGUACUCGAGAAGAUCAAAUGUAGCUCCGAGGGAGCGUCCAGAAACAUAUAGCCACCCUCCAGAGAUGAAGCAUAUCUCGCUACCUUUACCAGCAGAUUCUUUUGAUACUAGUUACCAUACGACCACAAGGAAAUGUGAUUCUCCUCGUAGCACCCGAAGCGCACCAUGGACUCAACCACAUUCCAGGGGCCUGUAUAAUAAUAGCUCUGCACCAGCUAGUCCAAGGUCUGUCAGAUCAGGUAGAUACAGGUGCUCCAGCGUCGAUAGUCAAAGUUCCAAUGACUCCAAAGGCUCAAAUAAGAAAAGGCGCCACCGUGGAAAGCAUUCUGACAAUGAAAGUGAACUGUCCAAGAGUUCUUCUCGAUCCAAGAGAAAGCAUCGUAGAAGAAGAUCUAAGAGUCGGAGAGAUUCCGAGUCUGAUCACGAUAAAUCUAUUGACAGAAGGUCUAGACGGUCUGGAUCAUAUUAUGAACUGGUUGAUUCCGGUCAACAAUGGCAAAAAGUGCAAGAGACUCUUUCCGCCAGGGAAGCACACAAUGUAAAUAUACAUAAAGCUAAUGUUAUAAGUAGUAGACGUGAAGAUAGCAACGAACAUCAUCACAACAAUACCAAUAGAAGAAGAAAAGACAGAAGGCAUAGAUCCAGAUCAAGAUCGCCAGCACCAGAUGCGAAGCCAUGGAUAAGCAACGAGCUCAAACAACAUCUGGAAUUUGACCUGGUAGACACUUCAGGCAUGUGCGACAGACAGCUGAAACAAAUCCCUUACACAGUCGUUGAAACAAACUACUCCAAAAACGUCAAGUUGAAGCAGUCUAAUCCGAUAAAAUCUGAAGACAGACUAAGAGUAAAUCACACGUCAAGUACGUCAAGGAAUUACAACAAAUCAAGUUAUCCGUACAGAGAUAGGAAUGGAUCAUUAAAUGAAGUUCUCACGAGCUUUUCAGACAUGCUCUCGGAACCAUUACAACCGUCUUAUUACCACGGUAUGAGCCAUGCCGUUUAUAAUUCAGAUAAUCUGACUAAUUUCGGCAGGAUUCAUCACGAACAUUCUGACUCGGGCCUGGGCAUGGAACAGGAUCUUAAAAAUUGAACUAAAUUAUGGUUUUGCGAUGCGAAUGGAAUGUUGGACUGGUUCACCUCUUUUGUGUUCUCGAGAUGCAAUACUGUAAUUAUUUAUUUAUGUCAUACAAUCGAUUUGUGAAUUAUAGUGAUAAAGAUA